GUGGAUAUGGUCCGCGCAUCAUUAGCAUCCAACUAACUAUUCUCUCUGCUUUGAGAUGUCUCGUCUAUCUUCUAGAGCGUCUUCCAUCGCACCCUCCCGCUCUUUCACCCCUUUGUCAAGGCAAAGCAGUACCCGGAACAGGACUGGUAUGCCGACUACAACCGCUACGAGCGUAGCGUCCCAGGACAUUGUCUGCGCCAUCAGUGAGUCACGGGGAGUCUCAUCGACUGUCGGGCUUGCCUUUGUGAAUCUAUCAACCGCAGAAGUUGUCUUAUGCCAAAUAUGCGAUAGCCAAUCCUACGCCAAAACGCUUACCAAGAUCAGCGUCUUCGAGCCCACGGAAAUCCUGUUCAUGAGUACAGCCAAAGACUCAAAACUUCACCAGUUUAUUCAGGCAAAUUUUACGGGUACUUUGCUUACCUUUCUCGACCGCAGAUACUGGGCUGAGAAAACUGGACACGAUUAUGUGGAGCGGUUAGCGUUUGUUGAAGACGCCGAUUCGAUCAAGAUUACGCUAGGAGGAAACUACUAUGCCGCGUGCUGUUUUGCUGCGGUGCUCAAGUAUGUAGAGCUUGAGCUUAGUCGGAUAUUCACAUCGCAUUCUCUUCGGAUCCGGUUCGAGCCCUCACAGGGGUCAAUGUCAAUUGACCUGUCGACAAUAGUCUCAUUGGAGCUGAUUCAGAACCUUAACGACACCAAGUCGAAGGAUAGUCUUUUUGGGCUUUUGAAUGAAACCCUAACACCAAUGGGGCCGAGGCUUCUUAGGGCAAAUAUACUUCAGCCGUCAACGGAGGAAUCGAUCCUUGUUGGACGAUAUGAAGCGGUGGAGGACUUGUCGACAAAGGAAGAGAUGUUUGUCUCUGUCCGGCAAGGUGAGUCUAUGCAAUCUUACUUGUGGAGGAAACCUAUUAAAGCAGUUGAUACGCAGCUCUGA